UGUACCCUGCCCCCUGCUACUUGAAACCAGCUAGAUGUUUCCAUUUCAGUACAACUGAAGGACACUUAUGAGACCAAUACCUUCUUCUUCCUGGUGUUUGACCUGUAAGUACCCAAUCCUGCAGCCAGCCACACCGGGGCCUGCUGGAGAACCUCCACUCUGGCUCCUGCCCAGGCUGCCAGGCUUUGAAACCUGGGUCCACCACAUAUGGGCCAAGUAGUUUCUCUCAGUAUUGGUCUUCUUAUCUGUCUUAUGGGAGCAAUAUUGGCACCGUGCUUGGCACAAUGUAAGUGAUACUGAUUAUUAACUGCAGUGACAGUUGUGCUGGGGGCCACUCCAUAUUUAUUCUAGACAUGGAGGACAUGACAAUGGAAGGGCCAGACCAGGUUCUGACUUGUAGUCGAGUACAUGUACAUGCACAUAAGGCACAGCAAAGGGUUAGGGGGACCAGGACUUCAGGCAAAGUCUCCAGGAGGUGACUUGAGUAGAGGUGUAGGGGGAAGGCAUGGAAGGACCAGAGCAAAGGCCCCGAGCAGAUCUCCAGCCAAGGGAAGAGCUGGCUCGUGGGCUCCGUGGCCAGGAUCUGCAAGGCCCCUGAGUAGGGGGAGUGAGCUUGUGCAGAGCAGCACGAUGUGAGGCUGGAACCAAGGAGCAGGUGCUGCAGGCACUAUAGCCUUGAUAACCCUAACCCUGACUCUCCCCGGAGGGCCUGGUGCACCUGGGUAGGUGCUCCACCAUGGAACUGUUGGUUUCUGAUGAGGAUCCCAGUGGCAGGAUGUGAGUCAGCAGUGUGGAAGGCAGAGGCUGCAUCCAAGAUGUGGUUCAAAGGUCAAUACCAUUAGUAUCAAGAUUACCCCUUUGCUUGAGCUCCUUGUCACUGAGUGUCAAGUGUGAGCAACACAAAGUAUUCUAUGAACUGUGUUCAAACUUGUCAUCAUCUUUGUUAUUAAAGCUUCCCAGGGAAGGGAAUGCCCUGCUCCUUGUUCCCCUCCACUGCCUUUUCACUGAGAAUGUCAACCUCUGCAAAAACAAGUAUGAUUUCUCCAUAUACAAUAGUUUUAGGGACAGGGGUUACUUGAGAAAUUAUUCAAGUAAGUUAUGUAUUGCUGAAAUAUUUCACAUUGUAGCUAUAUUAUGUUCAGUAUUAUUUUUAAAAAAUUUUAAUUAAUUAAUUAAAUUUGUGGUGCUGGGAAUGGACCAGGGGCACUUUACCACUGAGCUACAUUCCCAGCCCUUUUCAUUUUGUAUUUUGAGGCUGGGCCUCACUAAGUUGCCUAGGCUGGCCUCAAACUUUCAGUCUUCUUGCCUCAGCCUCCUGAGUCUCUGGGAUUACAGGUGUGUGUCACCACACCAGGCUUACGGACUUAGAGUAACAAUUUAGCCUCACAUGUAAGCAUAAAUACAUGGUUAGCUCCGGGAAGGUAGAGCCCACUGAGGUGCCGUGCAUGGCCUCCAGUGUUCACUGGCCAAUCAUUGCUGCUGCUGCUGAUAGUGAGUUCUCCUAGUAUCUUUCAAAUGAACUAAAAUGAUAGAGACUGGGGCUGGAGGUGUAUCUCAGUGAUUAGAGUGCCUGCCUAACACGUGGGAGGCCUUGGGUUCAAUCUCCAGCACUGGAAACAAACGAGGAUAAAGACAGGAUUCACACAUUACCUUUUAGGAACACAUUACAGGUACUGUGUAAAACGAGGCUCACCUCUGUAAAUUCUAGGUCAUCUCAAAAAGACACCCUUUCCCUUCUCAAGCUGCCAACCAAGCUGAAGGUUUUCUUCCUCUCUGUGAUGCUGGCCACAAAUCUGUUCCUCCAUUCACUCUCCUCCCCAUGGGGAUCCCUUGACCCUUGGAGGGGUGGGAAGGAGGGACAGGAUGUGCCUUUUCCUACUUAGUCUCGGCAGAUUCUCUGAAGACCCCUCCAGACUUGACCAGCUGCUGCUCUCCCCAAUCUGCAGCACCUGCACCAUCCUGUCCCACCUUUGGGGGUAGCUCAAAUGUCUUUAACCUUUGAAGAGGCUGCUUGGGGAAUCUAUUUUUGCUGUUGCCCUCAGGAGCCCUCAGGGCAUAACUAGAUCAUUCUAGCAGAGACCCUUUCAAGAUCCUCCCAAGAGGUAAGGAGAUUGAGCGGCAGUUCUUGACCCGGAAAAAGCAAAACUUCCCAACAUUCAGUGUUGAUUCCUCCCAUUUGUCUCCUGGGAAAAUUCCGGAUACUCGAAUCCUUCUGAUCUGCACCUGGAACCCUGGGCUCAGGGGGCCUUUCGACCUCCAGCUUUGAUCUGGGUUCUGACAGGUCCCAGCCUAUGAUGGCACUUCCACAGACAGGGACCCCGGCACUGGUGUGCAUCCCACCUUUCCAGUCUCCUCUUUUCUUCCAAUUCUUGCCAAAUUCUGUACUCACUCCCCCAGUUCCUCUCCCCAGACUUGGGUCCUUCAGGAGGAGUGGCAGCCCAUCUUGUCCCUCUGGGAGCAGGGUGAGGGGUGAUCUUGGGACAAGCAUGACUAGAACCUGUUCCCACAGGAUGAAGAGAGGGGAGCUCUUUGACUACCUCACUGAGAAGGUCACCUUGAGUGAGAAAGAAACCAGAAAGAUCAUGAGAGCCCUGCUGGAAGUGAUCAGUGCCUUGCACAAGCUCAACAUCGUACACCGGGAUCUGAAGCCUGAGAACAUCCUCUUGGAUGACAACAUGAAUAUCAAGCUCACGGACUUUGGCUUUUCCUGUCAGCUGCAGCCGGGAGAGAAGCUGAGAGAGGUCUGUGGGACCCCCAGUUACCUGGCCCCCGAAAUCAUUGAGUGCUCCAUGAACGAUGACCAUCCAGGCUAUGGGAAGGAGGUGGACAUGUGGAGCACAGGGGUCAUCAUGUACACCCUGCUGGCUGGCUCCCCACCCUUCUGGCACAGGAAGCAGAUGCUGAUGCUGAGGAUGAUCAUGAGUGGCAACUACCAGUUUGGCUCCCCGGAAUGGGAUGAUUACUCAGACACCGUGAAGGACCUGGUAUCCCGCUUCUUGGUAGUGCAGCCCCAGAACCGCUGCACUGCGGAGGAGGCCUUGGCACACCCCUUCUUCCAGCAGUACGUGGUGGAAGAGGUGCGGCACUUCAGCCCUCGUGGCAAGUUCAAGGCCAUCGCGCUAACCGUGCUGGCUGCAGUGAGGAUCUACUACCAGUACCGCCGCGUGAAACCGGUAACCCGGGAGAUCGUCAUCCGCGACCCGUAUGCGCUGCGGCCACUGCGCCGCCUCAUUGAUGCCUACGCUUUCCGCAUCUAUGGCCACUGGGUGAAGAAGGGUCAGCAGCAGAACAGGGCCGCGCUCUUCGAGAACACACCCAAGGCCGUGCUCCUCUCGCUGGCCGAGGAAGACUACUGAGGGACGGUGGUGCAGGCAGCCAUGAGACCCCGCAUUGGCCUGUGUGCGAGGAGCACCAGGGCCCGGCUUGAAUCCUUGGAUGCAGGCGGCUGUCCCUGCAAGGCCUCCGCAAGCAGCGUGUGCGUGUGCACCGCAUAGCGAUAAAUGUAGAACAGGUGUGGUCUGAAACAACCACGAGUCCUCCUGCUUCUCCACGGCCCAGCCUGCACCAUCCCAGUUUCCUUCCAUGGGGAGCCAGGGUUACUGACAGUUGGAACCCUUCCUAAGGGUGCCAGGGUGAGGAUCAGCCAGGUGUGGUGGCGCGUACCAUGAUGCCUGCGACUCUGGAGGUUGAGGCAGGAGGAUGACAAGGUCAAGAUCAGCCUGGGAAACAUAGAAAGACCCCUGUCUCAAAAUAAAUAAAGAGAGCUGGGGAUGGGGCUCAGGCAGGCGUAAAGCAACCCUGGGUUCGAUCCCCAGUACCAAAAAAGAGAAAUAUCUGAGAUACACAAUUGCAAAUUUAUUGAUGUGGUGACAUCUGAUGACAUGGAACAGGUUUUUUGCUAGGGAUGUUUUUAGAGGCAUCAGAAGCUCCUAUACAAGUAAGAUAUAUAAUUAACAUCAGAAGGGAGCCAGCACAGUGGCAGGCAGCUCAGGAAGCUGAGGCAGGAGAAUCAUGAGUUCAAAGCCAGCUUCAACAAGAAGCAAGGCUUCACGCAACUCAAUGAAACCCUGUCUCUAAAUAAAAUACAAAAAAGGGGAUAUGGCUCAGUGGUCAAGGGCCUCUGAGUACAAUCCCUGGUACCAAAAAACAAAACAACAACAAAAAAACAUCAGAAGGGAAAGCUUCUGGAUUAUUUGCUUUGUGACUGCCACAAUGCACAGCUUCCUGGUAAAUUAUUUAAGAUUGACACUGGGCCCAGCAUGGCAGCACACUAGUAAAGUUCAAGGCCAGUCUGGGUAACUUACCAAAAUCCUGUCUCAAAAUAAAAAAUAAAAAGGGCUGGUGUA